AUGACGGAGCCUCGGAGUCUGCAGCACGCCUCGCCGUCCCUGCCCUCUGGAUACUGGGGCUGCCGGCGCCCCGAAUUCUCUUUCACGCGGGAAAACGGGGAUGGAGCGAUCCGGGUCUGGCACGAGCCCUCGGCAGGAAGUCACCGGCACCUGCUUUGUGGCAAGCCCUACUCGGCGCUGCCCCCAGAGCUCUCCUGGCCACCCGUGCAUCGAGCAAGCCCAAGAAGGGCCGGCACGUGCCCGCGGGGCUGGGGGGGCCUCAGGCCACCGGCUGGUACACUGGGCUCAGGGGAAGCCCCUGGACGAAGGGUGAUGCUCUGGGAGAAGAAAGGAGAAACAGUGAAAAAGAUGCGCGAGGAGAGCGGCGCCAGAAUCAACAUCUCCGAAGGAAACUGCCCGGAAAGGAUCGUGACCAUCACUGGCCCGACUGAUGCCAUCUUCAAGGCUUUCGCCAUGAUCGCCUACAAGUUCGAGGAGGACAUCAUCAACUCCAUGAGCAACAGCACGGCCACCAGCAAGCCGCCAGUCACACUAAGGUUGGUUGUCCCGGCCAGCCAGUGCGGGUCACUGAUUGGCAAAGGAGGCUCCAAGAUCAAGGAAAUCCGGGAGUCUACAGGUGCUCAGGUCCAAGUGGCGGGGGACAUGCUGCCCAACUCGACCGAGCGGGCAGUGACCAUCUCGGGGACCCCCGACGCCAUCAUCCAGUGUGUCAAACAGAUCUGUGUGGUGAUGCUGGAGUCCCCACCGAAAGGUGCCACCAUUCCCUACCGCCCAAAGCCCGCCUCCACCCCUGUCAUUUUUGCAGGUGGUCAGGUAAGAGCCGACCCGCUUGCUGCCUCCACUGCCAACCUCAGCCUUUUGCUGCAGCACCAGCCGCUGCCCGCCUAUACAAUUCAGGGACAAUACGCUAUUCCACACCCGGAUCAGUUGACCAAGCUCCACCAGUUGGCCAUGCAGCAAACCCCCUUUCCUCCCCUUGGACAGACCACCCCCGCUUUCCCUGGAGAAAAGCUGCCUUUACACUCCUCCGAAGAAGCUCAAAAUCUGAUGGGCCAGUCACCAGGUCUGGAUGCCAGUCCCCCGGCCAGUACUCAUGAACUCACCAUUCCCAAUGAUCUAAUAGGCUGCAUAAUCGGACGCCAAGGGACCAAAAUCAAUGAAAUUCGGCAGAUGUCUGGAGCACAGAUCAAAAUCGCCAAUGCCACAGAAGGGUCAUCGGAGCGCCAAAUUACCAUCACAGGAACCCCAGCUAACAUCAGCCUUGCCCAAUACCUCAUCAAUGCCAGGCUGACGUCUGAGGUCACUGGAAUGGGCGCGCUCUAA